AUGGCAGACACUGACAGUACUGAACUUGCCAAGUUCUUAGGUAUCUCUGACAUUGAACUUUCCAAUAUAAAUACUGAAUUGAGGUCAAAGCUAGAGAGCAGUGUAGACAAUCUGAUAAAGGAAAAGUUAAACUUGAAGUCUACUAUUGAAGAAACUGAAUCGACUUACAAGAAUAAGAUUAAGAAUUUGGAAGAUGAGAUAAAUAUUUUGGCUAAAACUAGGGACAUUUCUGGGCCGAUUCGAAUUACAGGCGUGGAGGCUCAGGCACCCAAUAAUGCUACUUCAAUAUCUAAUAUAAAUGACGAAAUUCUUACAUUACAACGUGAAUUAGAAAGGGCUAAAUCUGAACAUCUUAUAUCGCAAUCAGAAGCUGAGAGAAGCCUAAAGCAAUCAGAGUUAGUUAGAGAACAUAAUCAAUGGCUAGAAGAACACCUUGUUAAGACAACAGAAGAAUUGAUGACGCAGAAGCAAAGCAUAUUGAAGAUGGAAGAGAAAGAUCAAGAAAUUGAUAACUUAAGGCAUGAGGUAAGUAUAUUGAAAAAAAAUAAUGACUUGCUAUUAGGCAAGAAUCAGGAGCUUUCAGAGAAUGUACAAGAGAAAUUAAUAGAAAUAAAACAGAAAAGUGAUGACUAUAGCACUAAACAACAAGAAUUUUUGCAUGAAAUAGGCUUGAAAGACCGUAUUAACAGCUCUUUGGAAACACAAUUGAAAGAAAUACAGCAAGAAAAGUCAAUACAGAAUGAAGAUAACACAAGUAGAGCCGAAUCUCAAAAAAUCAUGGAGCAACUAAUUGACACUAGAAAACAACUAAAAGAUUCACGAAAUGAGUGUACCCGCCUUAAAAGCUAUGUCAAUGAAUUUAUCAAUGAUGUCAAUGGAGAAUAUUCCUCGAGUUCUUCUCUACUAAAGAAAGAGCUUCUGAAAGUCAAGGAACAAAAAGAUUAUCUGGAAACCCAAGUUGAAAACUUUAUAACAGAACUUGAAAUUAAAGUACCCGUAAUUGAUUCAUUAGAAAAGAAAAACAAAGACUUAGAAAAAGAACUCUCAGAUGUUACCUCACUAGUGGAUCGAAUUUCCAUCGAGAGAGAGAGUUUAGAGAAAGAAUUCCAAUCUUUUAAAAGAAAAUCCGAACACAAUGAUGGUAUGAUACAGACUUUGACGACCCAAAGAUCUGAUCUUGCACACCAAAUUCAGUUUCUCUUAUUAAUUCUCGGGGAGCAAGCCACCACAAAUGCUUUACUAUCAAAAGAUGAAACAGAUUUUAUUCGGAGACUCACUGAGAAUGAUACUUAUGCUAGAAACAAUGAUUCCCAAAGUAUCAUAUCCGAACGAUUGCUGAAAUUUGCUGAUAUUACUGAACUACAAAAGCAAAAUAUGGACAUUUUGGCAACAGUUAGACAUUUAGCGGGCCAAUUAGAAGAACAAGAAAAAUUGCGCCAAGCUGACCACCACACUAUCGAGAGGAAAACUUUAGAGGAAGCUAAAAAGGCACUUUUGGAUCUUCAAGAAUAUACAAACUCUCUGGAAAGAAAGCUUGAAACUUUUAGAAAAGAACGAGAUGUUUAUAAGCUACUUUCAAAGGGUAAAUCUCCUAGUUCUAAUAAGCCUUCAGAGUGUAAUGAUAUUGAUAAACAUACUACUGGAAAAUUACAAAACGAAUUACAACAAACUAGAGAAUAUUUGACUAAGGAGAUUGAAAAAUUGACCAGAACUAACAAGGAUAUUUUGAACAAAAAGAAAGAAUUAGAAUAUUCAAUGAAAAAAAUGGAAUCUGCUAAAGAGUACGCAGAAGGUAAAGCAGAGCUAAUUGAAAAUAAUUUGUUAAUGCUCCAAGAGAAUAGAAAAUCAGUACUGGAACAGAACGACCAUCUUCAACAACUUCUAUCGCAGAAAGAAGCCAAGUUAGCUGAACUUACGCAAGACCUUCAUGAACUAACGUCACAAUAUAAUCUUCUACAGAUUCGUUUUACAGACACUCAGUCCCAGUCAAAUUCGUUAAGAACACAGCACCAAACAACCCAAAAAGAACUAUUUGAAGUUGUUGAGGAAAAAAAUGCUCUAAAAGUAAAAAUACAUGAAUUAGAAAUAUCAAGAAAUGAAUGUAAAGGAAUUCAAGCAACAGUAGAACUGAAGUUGAAUGAGAGGCUGACAGAGUACCAAUUGCACGAGCAGGAUUUAUUGAAGAUAAUUGAAAAGCAAGAAGAUCAAAUAAGAGAUAUGGAAGUAAAACGAGCUGAAGAGCUCAACUGGUAUCAAAAAAACUUCCCCACCCAGACAGAAACAGAAAUUGGUCUGCCAGUAGACAUGAAAAAAGAGGGUGAAACGGGACGUCAAUCGAAUAGAGAUACGCUUGAAUCACAAAAAUCUGGCUCGCCGGGCUUUACAGAUUUAGGUACAGAUAGUUCGGUUAGAAAGUCCACGUCCUUACCGGUGAUGCAAGUAGGAAGGACAGAAGAAGAAUCGAAGGAAGCAAAAAAAUGUGACGCUUUAACAGACUCAAGUCAAGUGGUUGGAUUGCCUGAAAAUGUUACUAAAAAGGAAAAAGACUUAAUCGCUCAAAUAGAACAAUUAGCAAGCGAUAAGAAAGAGCUCAAAACCUCAUUGCAAGCAAUUAGAGCAGAAUACCAACAUUUACAUGACCAACUUCAAUUAGAAAAGAAUUCAUUCGAUACAGAGAAAGCUUCUCUAAAUAACGAAUUGGAUAAAAUUAUGGAAAACAACAGUCUUACCGAAGUGGCCAAGAAAAGUUUGGAGGACGAUUUGCAUGACGUCGAAAUGAAAUUAGAAGAAGAAAGGCAAAAACAUGAGGAAACUAAUGCCACAUUGUCAGAGAAAGAACUAUUAUGUGAAAAGAUGAUAGAGGAAAUUUCAGGUUAUAGGGAAGAGUUAAGCAAAUCUGCUGAGAUGCAAGUAGAUAUUCAGCAUACAAGGGAGUUAGAGGAUUUGCUUGAUUUGGCAAAUAAACGAAUUGAUGAUUUAUGUACCCAGAAUAACUUGCUUCAUGAACAGCUAAAUGCCACGUUGGAUUUGGAAGAUACACAGAACAAAGAUGAUAUUAAAGACAUAAUAGUUUGCAUGAAGCGGGAAAGAGAUACUCUCCAAAAAAAACUGGCAAUCGUUGAAAGAGAAGGAGAAGUACUAAGGGAAAGGUGUGCUGGUCUAAAAUCGGAACUUGACGCAGUUUCAAAAGGACAACAGUGGCAUAACCUCCCUCUCUCUAACCUUCUGACAGGACAUGAGAAGAUUCUGGAUGAGUUGAAGGAGGUUCAUCUCUUGAGAGAAAAUAACGUCUCAUUACUUACUGAAGUUAACCAAUUAAAGCAUGAUAACUGCAUAUUAAACGAUGAGCUCUCUCAAGUGAGGAAACUUAGCGGCCCACUACAAGAUCAAAAAAAUAAUACUGAAAGAUAUUUCAAGGAGAAAGAUCAAGAAAUUUCUCUAUAUAAGGAUGAGAUUGAGCGUUGGAAGAAACGUUGGCAGCAAAUGGUACACAGACAGGAUGACACCCUAGGUUUAGAAGCAAAUUUCAAAAACGAAAUAGAUUCACUAAAAGGUCUAAUAGAGGAAAGAACGAAGGAGAAAGAGAAGCUAAGUGAGAAGUUUCAGUUGCUGAAAAAACAAGCUCAUGAAAAAUUGGACGCUAAUAAAAUACACAUCCAAACCCUGAAUAAUGACCUAUCAGAAAUCAAAGCCUCCAACUUACAACUAGAGGAAGUAAUGAAAGAAAAAGAUAAAAAGAUAAGGGAGAUAGAAUUGACGCUAAAAGAAAAUUUAGAGAAAUUUGACAAGGAUGAAAAGCUUGUUUCAGAGAAAACUUUCAAGGAAAAUGAAGCCAAACUUAACAAAACUAUUACUAUGCUUCAGAAACUGAAUGAAACAUUGAACCAAGAAGUAGUUUCUUUAAGAGAGGAAAUAAAUGUUCUCAGGAAAAAAGACGAUGAAACAAACCAAUUAAUUUCUACAAUGAAGCUAGAUUUUGAAAGAGAAAAGGACCGCUUAAUUGAGGAGAAGGUUAGGGAAUUGAAUGAAAAAUUCGAAUCGGGGAGAAACGAGGUAUUAUCCAAACAGAGUGAGAAUGUAACUAACGAUAAUACCGGCUCGAAUGUAGAUAAACUUAAGCAGGAAUUACGAAAAGAUUGGGAAGAGCAGACUUUGCAAAGGAUUGAGGAGGCCAAAGAAAAUCUAAAGAGACAUAUAAGGCUACCAUCAGAGGAAAAAAUUCAACGUAUUAUUGAAAAAAGGCGUGCCGAAUUAGAAAGUGACUUUGAUAAGCGUGUUGAAGAAAAGGCUAACUUAAUUGCUCUAGCUGAUAAAGCUGACAUGUCACCAGAUGAGCUAAAGCAAAAAGUUAGAAGGGAGCUUGAACAUGCGAUCGAACAAGAUCUGCAAGCUAAACUUGAAACUAUAAGAACAAAGGCAUUCGAAGAGGGAAAGCGUCAAGCAGAGAUGAAAACAACAUUACUUGAGAGAAAACUUUCAAAACUAGAAUCACAGGUAGCAAAAGAUAACGAGUCUGGCAGCAAGGUUAGGAAGUCUAUAUCUGGACUAACAAAAAUAGACGUUAAUUCACCACAGCUUUACAAAGAUAAUACUGGCACCCGAACUGAAGCUGUACUGAAACUGAGACCCACCGCAAAAGUGGACUCAGGUAAGGAUGUGUCCAAUGAUUCAAAUCCAUUUACAUCUCCAACACAAGAGCUUUCCAAGUCAAACUCACCUGCUGCAUUACCCAUAGUUCAUAUGGCUCCUACGUUCAGUUUCACGCCAGGUAAAUCUACUGGGACCGUUAAUAAAGAACUGAAUAAGACCGCACAAGCAACGUUUGGCGCUCCAACUUUCUCCAAUUUUGGAACCUCUACGGCUUUUGGAGGUUUUUCUGGUUUUGGCAAGACUACAAAUGAUCAAAGUGGUUUCAAGCCUUUUGAAGCACUCAAAGAAAUCGAUAACGAAUCGAUAAAACGUCCGGUUUCUGAUGAAAAAGAGGAUGACUUUUCAGAAAGUAAGAAGCCAAAAAAGACAGAAUGA